AUGCUAGCAGUAAUGGCCCGAGGAGACGAGUGCAAAACUGCCACCAAGGCUAACUACGCCUGCAAAUCAUUGGAAGUAUCUGCUCCGAUGAAAAAACCGGUCCAGCAGGUUCCUCAAUACCAAGCUGUAAAAACACCGGAGCAGAAAAAGGACUAUGGAUCUUGGGGCCCUGUGUAUAAGGACAAGAAAUCUUUUACUGAAAUGCACAUCUGCUGA